AGGAAGCCAAGCGUCACUCUACAAAGAUGUGGCGCACUCUCUUGCGAAGAUCGUCUUCUGCCUCAACUAAAGAAGAAAGGAUGCUGAUGCUUGGAACUAGUUUAAAGGAUAUCCACGGUCAUGAAUAUUUCUUCACGGAAAGUAGCAAUCUUGACUACCAGUGCGCUGGCGCUGAAAUGGGACAUUUUCUGCCUGGAAAAAAGGGCAUUCUAGUGGAGGAUGGGAUUACGGACACACCCGCGAAUGGGAGAAAACGAUAUUUUACCUGCUGCUGUAGUUUUACCCGUAUAUGCAAAAUAUGUAAAUUUGCGCUAGAAGAGUGGAUAUAUUUGGCUUUGCUUGGUAUAAUCAUGGCUAUAAUUACAUUAGGAAUGGAUGUAGCUAUUGCCAAAUUGCAGGAAGGACAUUUCGCACUUUACCGGCUUCUUCAAAACCACCAAUCAUGGCUGGCCCCCUUUACAGUAUGGGCCUUCUACACUGUAGUCGUUGUAUUUGCGUCAGCGUUGUGGGCUCAUUUUAUCGCUCCACAAGCCAUAGGAUCUGGAAUCCCAGAAAUGAAAACUGUGCUUCGUGGAAUUAUUCUAAAAGAAUAUCUGACCGUUCGUACACUUAUAUCGAAGAUUGUUGCCUUGUCCUUAUCUAUAGGAAGUGGCCUGCCAGUUGGAAAAGAAGGUCCUUUUGUACAUAUUGCAUCUAUAAUAGCAAAUCAACUGAGCCGUUUUGUGCAUGGUUCAACCGCUAUUUACGAGAAUGAGUCGCGAGCAAGCGAGUUGCUGGCGGCUGGUUGUGCUGUUGGUGUAGCUUGCACUUUUAGUGCACCUGUCGGAGGAGUACUGUUCUCAAUUGAAGUUACUGCUGUAUACUUUGCCGUUCGAAACUACUGGAGAGGUUUUUUCGCUGCUACUUGUAGCGCAACAUUAUUCAGCGUACUGCAAAACUUGAGAAGGGGAACUUCGUUGACAGUCAGCAACUGGAUCUCAAUUUCUGUGGCCGCUCAUUAUCAGACGACAUUUCCAAUAGUUAAUACAUUUACGUCAACGGAGUUGCUUUUUUUCGCAGCACUUGGGUUGUUAUGCGGGUUGGCAGGUGCAAUCUUUGUUCUUUUUCAUCGAACAUUCGUCCUUUUCCUAAGGAGGAAUAAAAUUAUCAAAGCCGUACUACAAAAAUACUGGCUGAUUUAUCCAAUACUGAUUGCGUUUCUUAUCGGAGCAUGCACUUAUCCAAUGGGAGCCGGGAUGUAUCUGGGCGGUGAGCAAGCAUUCGCCCGAACCUUGAAUGAUUUCUUUAUCUCAUGUUCAUGGUUGGAUGAGACAAACAAUCCGUACGGUUGCGGUUCUGGACAAAAUUUCACUCGUGCUAACUGGGCAGGUCCUAAAAAUGACAUCAACAUAUUUCACUCACUUCUUGCUUUCCAAACUGUGUAUUUCUUCCUUUCAAUCGUAGCCUCAACGUUACCCAUUCCUGCUGGCAUUUUUAUGCCUGUCUUUGUAAUUGGAGCCUCAAUUGGACGCACAGCUGGUGAGUUUUUGCGGUUGCUCUAUCCCGAUGGAGUGAUCUACGGAGUGUUGAGUACUCGCAUAAAUCCUGGCAUGUAUGCUGUCGCUGGAGCAGCUGCUUUUUGCGGGGCUGUCACCCAUACCGUUUCUGUAGCUGUGAUUGUGUUUGAGUUGACUGGACAGCUUUGUUUGUUGAUACCCGUUAUGAUUGCAGUUUUAAUAGCUAAUGCAGUGUGCUCUUACCUACAGCCGUCAAUUUACGACAGCAUCAUCAAAAUAAAACAUCUGCCGUAUCUUCCAGAAAUAUCCCAUAGCUCUUCCAUGUACCAUUCCUUAACAGCUGAACGCUUCAUGACUUCUGCGGCAUUCGUAGCUAGAGACUCAACUUACGCAGAAGUUCAAGAGCUUAUCUACAAAAUGAGCCAUAUACGGGCUUUCCCAUUGGUCGAAAAUAAAAAGACAAUGUCUCUGGUUGGAUCAGUCAGUCGAUCCCAACUAUACAAGCUUCUCCAAGCAAAUGUCGGUGUAAAAGCGCGAAAGGCAGAGGCCGCACACCGCAUCAGUCUGGCCAUUGCUAAAGUUGGCGAAAGGUAUAACCUCAUCGGAGAUUCUAAACGGAAAGAUGGCAAUGCAGCUCCAAUGGGGCGCAAGCGAGCUUCAAAAAGAUUCAAUGUAGAACCAGUUGUAGAUGGCUCAGCACCUUCGACUAAAACCGUGGAGGCAUCACUUGCCACUUUGAACAGUUUGCUCACCGUUCCUGCCGGAUUACCUGAACUAACAUCUAAGUCAAUGAUACUGGCUAUGGGUGCAAAACGAUGUUGCUCAUCUAAUGAUUUGGAUGAAUCUGCGACACACCAUUCGCUUGCAGAUGUUCUUCGUUCUAUAACAAAGUUUGGAAAAAGCAAAAAGGAGGCUGAAAUCGACUUGUAUGGGGAUGAACGCGAGCGAUGGGAGAAGUCUGUGCUGCAGAAAAAGGUCAAUUUGUCAAGCAUAAAGAUUGAGCCUUCUCCGUUCCAGUUGGUGCACUCCACCAGUCUAUUCAAGGUUCAUUCAUUGUUCUCAUUGUUGGGGCUGAAACGUGCCUAUGUUACUAGAGAUGGUCAACUUGUUGGCGUGAUUUCGCUGCAGGAUCUGAGAAAUGCAAUUGAAAGCGUUGAAUCGGGCGUUUUGCCAGCCGACGGAGAAACCAAUUUCCAUCCAGACCAACCGCCUGAUAUCAUAGGCGAUGACACUGAUUAUUUGCAUCCACAACUUGAAGUUCUUACGCGGCCAAAUACAUGUGAAAGCCUCGACGAUAUUCUGGCAGAAUCCCCAAGACUUCCUAGGAAAAUCUCCCCUCCGUCGAUAAAUCAAAGCACUUUAAAAGAAAAUAGUAUAGCUGACAAAUCGAUACUGAAAAGUUCAAUGUCAGCGCCUUGCUUAGAUCCUGACGAUAACCAGAACAAUAAAAUUUGUAACGAACCUCCAGUAUUUAUCCUGGAAACGGAAUCAACGGACUCAAGUAGACAAUCAUCUACAAGCACAAAUACGGGAGAGGAUCCAGGAAGCGGUCCGCAACGUCGACCUCCUCAAGUACGAAUCGUCAUUCCUGACGAGGAUAGCUUGAACACCGAAAAUCUACCGCCGGAAAAGGAGCAUUUCUGAUCAACAAUUGGCUCUUUUGCAUCACUACAAUGACUACUUAAUCGGCUGUACUUUUUGAAAAAUCUUCUAGC